AUGAUAAUUGGUGAGAGUGAUCAACGAUUAAAUGAGAGCAAUUAUUAUGAAUCGCCGCAAAAAUUUGAAGUUUUGAAAAGGAAAUUUUCAUCUGAAUGCGAGAAUGUUCAUGAAAUGAGUACUUUCAGUGAACAACCAGUUUCGAGUAACUUCGAGAACAAAGUAAAUGUUGAAAUGCAUUAUAUUGAUAAUAAUGUGAUAAGUGAACAGUAUCAAACAUACCAGGCAUCCGAGAUUCAUCAGGAUGGAGAACAGAGUUACAUAAAUCUUACAGUUUUAACACCCACGCUUCUGCCUUAUGACAAAAAUCAAACGAACCAUCAUCAGCAGAUGAUUAAUUUUGCCAACAAUAUUCAGCACGAAGAAAGUAAUAAGCCGACGGUUUCGAGUAGCACCAACAAGUAUGAAGUUAAAAAUUAUCAGCAACAGAAUGAAACGGAUAAUAUCGAGGAUAAUGAAGACAAGAACUUGUCAUGGUUGUUUAACUUUAAGCUCGAUGAUAUCGCCAAUUUGUCACCGGAAAUCAAAAGAAAGCGAACUAAUAACAAUCAAUAUCAACAACAGCAAGCUUCAGAGAAUCAUCAACAACAAACAAGCUUCUUUAAUCCAAACACGACUCAAAAGCAACAAUUUGAUGAUUCAAAUCAUCAAAGAUCAUCUAAAGAUCCUUGCAUUGAAGACGAUCUAAAUGUUGCUGAAAAUAUAAUAAUCAGUAAUGCUCCUACUUCAUACUCCUUCCACACACCAAAAAAGCCGCCAUUUACGUACACGGAACUAAUCGAAUAUGCGCUUGAGGAUAAAGGCGAGUUGACUGUGUCUGGAAUUUAUCAAUGGAUCUCUGACCGCUUUCCUUACUACAAAUCUAAUGAUGACCGUUGGAAGAAUUCUGUUCGUCAUAACUUAUCGAUUAAUCCACAUUUUCGUAAAGGGAACAAAGCAAAAGCUGGCGCAGGUCAUUUGUGGAAGAUUUCAAGUCGUGAAUCAGAAGCAAAUUUCUUAGCGUGGGAACAUAAGAAACAACGACUGGAACUGUUCUUUAAAAUGGAAGCCGCCAAUCAAUUGAAGCGCCAAGAAGCAAGUCAAAAGUCGUCAAUUGAUAUGAAUCUAAAAGCCAUGAAUUCUCCAUCGUAUGAUGCUGAGCUUUCUGCAGCAACAGCUUCCAUCAUAAGUCUACCUGUUGAUACAUCGUCGCCAAUUAUCACAACGCAUUGUGAAUCUGAUUCUCCGGUGAAUGGUCAACUGUAUCAAUUUCAUGAAAUUCAUCCAGUUAAUAAUCCAAAUGAAGAUCUCCGAAGAACUGCUGGUGAAAUUCUCAAUGGUGUACGAAGAAAUGUCGAAGUUCAAAUUAUGCAUCCAAAUGAGCUUCAAUCGUAUUCGAUUUUGAAUUCCGAAGAUUAUCUUAAUCCAAUAUCGAAAGAAGAAAUUAUGCAAGAAAGUGGUUUGGGACGUCGUUAUGAUGAAUUUUAUCUCAUCGACUCCGGAAUCAACAUGACAACCGCCAAUGGAAGUGAAGAAUCAACAGAAGUCUUUGAGAUCUUCCACGAAGAUUUUAAUCUCAAUUACUUUGGAAACAACAACAUCAUUGCAUGACAGAGAGCAGAUGAUGGAACACAAAGCAGCAAGCAAGUGUUUGUUAAAAUUAAUUAAAAUUGUGUUGUGGGUUGUUGCUGAUGUUUCGAGUGAGUUUUACAAAAAAUCAAAA